AUGGCGGGGGUGCAGCAGGGCCAGUGGCGCGCGGAGCAGGUGCCUCCUCAGAUAUGGAGCGAAGAAGUUAACCAGGCAAACAAAGCUGCUCUUCUGGCUUGGGUAAAAGAGACAGGAAUUCAGUUAGUGCAGAUCAACGGCCAGAGAAAGUACGGUGGGCCUCCACCAGGCUGGACUGGCAGUGCCCCACAGUCUGGUUCGGAAGUUUUCAUAGGGAAAAUCCCACAGGAUAUUUAUGAGGAUAAACUAAUUCCUCUCUUCCAGAGUAUAGGAAGGCUCUUUGAAUUUCGACUCAUGAUGACAUUCAGUGGACUUAACCGGGGCUUUGCCUAUGCUAAAUACAUGAACCGGCGCAGUGCCCAGGAGGCAAUUGCUGCACUGAACAACUUUGAAGUCCAGGCCGGCUGCCACAUUUUAGUCUGUAGAAGCACUGACAAGUGUGAGCUGUGCAUUGAUGGUCUAGCUCCCUCAGUGAAAGAGCACCAGCUUAUGCCAAUGCUGCAGGAACUUACCACAGGGGUUCUGAGUGUCUCCUUGCACCCCAGCCCUUUCAAGAAGCAGAGGCAGCUUGCAGAGGUGAAAUAUGUCUCUCAUCAGUCUGCUGCAAAAGCCAAGAAAGCACUUGUAGAAGGUAGCUUGUCAGUUUGUGGAGACCAAAUUGAAGUGGAUUGGCUGAAACCCAAUAUAAAACAGGAACUCCACAGUGCCUCGGUGCAAACCAUCUCAGAAAUCCUGCUAUCCAGUUGCACUAACAGAGAUACCCCUAGCCAAAUGCCUCCUGGGCCUGUGGAUUGCCACAUGCUACCACAAGUGAGCAGUGUGUUGAACUACCUGAACAUUCAGUGUGAAGAGCGGCAGCUGGGCACCCCUGUAUUCCUUACAAAGUGUGUUCAAAGGAACCCAGAAGGCUGGUUGCAGUUCUGGUAUCAGGUGGUGAUACCCAAAUAUCCAACUCCCUUCAGUGGGUUCAUCUGGAUCAAGCCAGAUUGCUUUGGCUUGGAAGACCAUGAAAAGGUUAAGAAUGCAGUGGCAUUGCAGCUACUCAAAAUUCUAGGUAAGUGUCCAUGCAAAACUUAUUCUGUGUAG